GGUCUGUUUGCUAGUAAAGACACACUCGCCUAGCCUUAUCGUCCACUAUCACUUAGCUAGUUAAGUUUAAUUUUAUCACUUUCUACGUCGUACCACUACUAUGGCACCGCUCACAAACGACACGGUGCUGAGAAGCAGAAAGAAAAGAGCUGAAAACACCCCAAGACUUCAGGUUUGACCUCAAGUGGCUGCAGUUUUUCACACCAUGUUGGUGACAACAUAUCUUGCGAUCAUUUUCCUGCUCGCCCUGUGUGUUGGCCUCGAGCUCACAGCACGCCGGCUCACCCCACCUCAGUCUACUCCUAAUGCUGUAGCCAACCCAGCCUUCCGUCGCUUCCAGAGUAUAUUCCUCCGGGCAUACCUUUUGGCUUUGUGGGCAGACUGGCUCCAGGGUCCUUACCUCUACAAACUUUACCGCCAUUACAGUUUCCUGGAAUCCCAAAUAGCCAUCUUAUAUGUGUGUGGCCUGGCUUCCUGUGUUCUGUUUGCUCCUUUUUCAGGCUGGCUCCCUCAAGCUAUGGGCCGCAGACAGACAUGUCUUCUCUUCUGCCUGUCCUACUCUGCUUGUUGUCUCACAAAGCUGUCCAGAGACUACUUUGUUUUGAUUGUGGGCCGUGUCCUUGGGGGUUUGUCCACAUCUCUGCUCACCACCUCAUUUGAAGCCUGGUAUGUGCACCGACAUGUAGACGUCCAUGAUUUUCCCAAGGAGUGGAUCCCCAGCACCUUCACCAAAGCUGCUACCUGGAACCAUGGGCUUGCUGUUGGAGCAGGGCUGGUGGCUAACUUGCUGGCUGAGUGGCUCCACCUGGGGCCGGUAGCUCCCUUUCUCCUAGCUGUCCCCUGCCUGGUUUGCUGUGGCUGGGUGGUGCUAAUGGACUGGGGCAAGGAAGAGGCUGAAGGAAGUCCUGAAGGGGAUAAACAGACACUUCUUCUUGGCCUUCCCAAUGGAGGUGUUAGCUGUUUGUCUGCAAAGGCCCGGUUCUCACGCAGCUGCCAUGAGGGGCUGCGCUGCCUGCUGUCUGACAGGAGAGUAAUGCUAUUGGGCGGAGUGCAGGCUCUGUUUGAAAGUGUCCUCUACAUUUUUGUUUUCCUGUGGACCCCAGUACUGGACCCACAUGGACCUCCUUUAGGAAUAGUGUUCUCUUGCCUGAUGGCUGCCAGCAUGGCUGGCUCCUUGCUGUACCGCCUAGCCACCUCCACUCGCUAUCGUCUGCAACCUGGUCAUGUACUCUGCCUGGCUGUGCUAAUGGCUUUCUUCUCCUUUUUCAUGCUGACCUUUUCCACUGCCCCAGGUCAGCCUCGACCUCAUGAAUCGUUUCUGGCCUUCCUUCUGCUGGAGCUAGCCUGUGGCCUCUACUUCCCAGCAGUCAGUUUUCUCCAGGGCAGGGUUAUCCCAGAGGAGAAGCGGGCUGGUGUACUGGCAUGGUUCCGGCUGCCUCUGCACCUGCUGGCCUGUUUAGGGCUGCUGGCCCUACAUGGGGAGGUAUCAGGAACAGGUGGAGGGGAGGGUGGCAGCGGCACCAGACACAUGUUUGGAGGCUGUGCUGUCAUGAUGCUGGCAGCUUUGAUGGCCGUCGUUAGUCUGUUCACCCUUGGCAGAAAUGACACAGACCUGAGACUGGAGGGAACCAGAGGGGAGGGGGAGAUGUACUGAGGAGAUGGGCCACAUAUCCAUUUAUGCUUUACUGGUUUGAAAAUGUGUUAUACCAGUUUUUUGUUACUGAAAGUAGAAAUCUUGGGUGUUUGACCAGAGUAGUUACAAGUCUACAUUUUGCCAAAUGCAUCAAUCAACGAAAUCAGAGCCCAAAGGUGGUAUUUUGGUAAAUUGAAAUUCAAAUAAAUUUAAAUUUUUGUAUGUUUGCCUUGUUAUUUCUUUUUGGGAGAGACUUUUAUUAAUCCUGUCUGUGUAGGAAUGCUUUGGGAACAUGGCCAUAUCUACCUUCAUUUGUCAAGUAAAUUGCUGGAAAUGUUGUAAGCCAUGUCCAAAACCCCUGUAUCGUUUUAAUAAUUAUUGCAGUUAACAUGUUAUUGCCUUUGUGUGUCCAUCCAUAGGGAGAUGGGAUGAUGUGUUUGAAAGGAUAUAAUUAAUUUCACCUGUCAGUAGCCCCGUGGUGAUUGGUAAUUCUGAAGUUUCAUCAAAAUUUUAAAAACACACAUGAAAAGACAUUAAUUUACAGAGAGCUGAAUGAAUGUCCAAAGAAAUAAGGUCAUGACUAGCAUGACCAGUAUCUGAAUGUCAGUUCAUACGGUACUUUUUGAACAGUACUUUGAUUUCUGUAUGGGGUUUGUUUUUUUUUUUUUUUUUCUUUUUUUUGAGCAUCUGUGUAUUUCUUAUUGAAAAGAGCAUACUACAGUAUUUCAGUUUUACUUUGAAUACUUUUUCUGCACCAUCUACAGGAUAUUUUUUCUGUAUUGUCUUAA